ACGUACUUGUUUAAGCUUAAGCAAAUAUAAAUGGCUUCAAAAGGUCGGUAUCAAUAGACAACCCAGAGGCCAGAGCAACCAUGCAAAAACAGCGCCUGUCCCGCAAUGGGCUAUAGUUCAGUCUUUAUUUCUUCACUCCCAAGCAUUUUAUCCCCGACGCACUCACAUUCAAACUUGUUAGCUUUCUCGUCAUUCCAAAGUCUCAUUCAUUUUUUUUUUUAAAUUUAUACCACAUUCUUAGCCUCUUAUAUUCUCCCCCAAAAUGUUGGGAGAGUGAAGAAGAAAGGAGUGGAUUGUAUUUGAAACGUUAGAAGAAUCGAUACGAUGAGGUUUCUAGAUUUGUUUGUUGUUGCUUCUAUGCCAGUUUUGAAAGUGCUCCUGCUGACGGCACUUGGUUCAUUUCUCGCCUUGGACCGUAUAGAUGUUAUGGGAGAGGAUGCGAGGAAGCAGCUGAAUGAUGUUGUUUUUUACGUGUUUAAUCCAGCAGUGGUCAGUAGCAACCUGGCCAAAACAAUUACCUCUGAGAGCAUUGUUUUAUUGUGGUUCAUGCCAUUCAAUAUCCUGAACACAUUUAUUAUUGGCUCAGCAAUGGGAUGGGUACUAGUAAAAAUUACAAAAGCGCCUCAACAUCUAAGAGGCCUCAUAUUGAGUUGCUGUGCAGCAGCAUCAGAGGAUAUCAUUCCACGUUGAACCUGCUCCUGUUUGACAGCGACUCUUCCAUGUAGUAGUUGCCAGGUGAAAACUUCAAUUCUAUAUGGUGCUAAGUUUGACCAGACCUCUCUCCACCUAUCCCAGAUGCUGCCCUCAGAAUGUAAAACUCUUUACAAAAUGAAUUCACUUUAUAGCAGCCAGAUGUCGUCCCUUUCACGGUAGCUUAUCAUCAUUCCUUGUUCAAAUGGUAUUCCUCCACUAUGGCUUUGAAGUAGUGCCCUUGUUGUUCAUCCCACCCAAACGGUGCUCUUCUAAGCUCAAUGUUCCAGCUCCACAAUUCAUUCUCCCAUUGUCCAUACUCAUUGAUGCAACCAUUUUGUUUCGAGCAAGUGCAUAGAUCCUAAGGAAGCGAUCUUUUAAGGUUUCUCCCUCCAUCCGUCUGUCCAGUAUUGGAUAUUCCUGCCUUUUCCAACGGUCAUCUGUAGAUUAUUUGUAACUUGCAAAGCAUACUUGUUAGUAGCCGAAUAACGUUCAACGAUAUUCUUCCAGGUUGUGGAAGACUUUCUAUUUGCGUUUGUGUUGUGA